CAUCAAAUUCAAAUCAAUCCAUUCUCCUUUAUCUCGCCACUUAUUUCUCUCUCUCCAUUCUCUUCACCACAUCCCUUCACACAAUUCCGAACUCCCAAAAAUUUUCUGCGCUCAAAAGAAAAAUACAAAUAAAAAAUCUACUUCCCCCCUUCAGAAUACUCGAUCGUAUCGAAAAUUAGGGUUAGGGUUUGUUCCGGCCUUCUUCACACCAAGAAAGCCCCCCCAAAUUAAGAAAGAGGGGAAAAUAACUGAAACGAUUAAAAACUGUUCCUUUAUGGUUCUUUCUCCGAUUCUUCAUCGGUAUUGGUUGAUUUUGUUGUUAAUCUUGGCGCUGCAAUACUCUGUUGCGUUCCCAUCCAGAGCUACUACCAUGAAGGUUCAUCCCGUUGGUCCCCGAAAGCGCAACAUCACCAUUCAAUUCGGUGUCGACGCCGCAGCCGCCACCGGAAAGAAGCUCCGUCGCUUGCCGCACGUUUUCAGCCGCGUCCUGGAGCUCCCGUUUCGAUCCGACGCCGAUGUUGCCAUCGAGGAGGCCCCCGAUUGCUUUCGCUUUGUCGCCGAGACUGACGGAAUCGGUGACGUGAGGGCACACGCCGUAGAAAUUCAUCCCGGCGUCACCAAGAUCGUCGUCAGAGACGGUAGUCCAGUGGAGUUCUCCCUCGACGAUCUCCAGCUCGACAUGUGGAGGUUCCGGCUGCCGGAAUCAACGCGGCCGGAGCUUGCGAGCGCCGUGUUCGUCGACGGCGAGCUUAUCGUCACGGUGCCAAAGGGCGAAGACGAAGAAGAGGAAGCGACGGAGAAUGUUGAGGAUAGUGAUGGCGGUAGGGGCAUGGGUAAUGGUGGUAGGCUUGUGCUUGUACAGUGAUGAAGGUGGUUCUGAUGGUGGUGAUGAUGAUGAUGAUAAAAAGUGCCUUCCAAACGCGGCCUUAGUAUGUGAGUUUAGAUUUUCAGGUUGUUAUCUUUGGAACUGGUUUCUCUCUGUGAAUUUGAUUGUUGCUACUGUUGAAUCAGAAAGGGAAAAAAGGGUUGUCUUUUUUUCUUUGCUUCUUCACAUUGUAAGAAUGGUCUAUAUGGCUAUAUUCAUGACAAUGGCAAUAUUCGUGAUUAGUUAAAUAGAUGUUGUCAUUCA